GGGCGGUCACCAACCUGCACGUGCCCUCGGAACGAUGCUGGACGAAAUAGGCUCGACCUUUAUGGCCCUGCAUGUUCCCUUAAACGUCGAUGCGUGGAUCAGGCUCGGUAGACGGUCACCGCCUUGCAAGUGACCUGGAACGAACCUGCACAAAUACGCCAGGUCAAGUUCAAGUGAAUCCGGUCCACGAUCCUGGCCUUUUCUCGUUCAAAAUAGGGGUCAUACAAUCCGGAACUGCCAGGGACCAGGGACGGCUAUGGCUCAAGAAUAGAUUCGUCGGACAAUCACCAACUGCAAGUUCCCUCGGAACGUCGCUGGAUGGAUCAGGCUCGGCGACGGUCGCCGUCCUGUGGGGAACUAGGUGGAACCGCUGCAGUCUACCGUACUGGAUGUGACCGGUGAAAACGAACCCGGUCAAUAAGUCGCCGGAAGAUUGAAAGUGAACGGAAAAGCUCUACCAAACUGGACCAGCUCCCGCUCUUCCUUGCUCCGGACUAUCAAAAGCAGCAAAACAAGUGAAAAAAGAUUGAUUGUACGCAGAAUUUAGU